GAUACACAUGCUCCGCCGCCUCCAGUGUGACCUCCUAUGAUCCAUCGCCAUGCUCUUCGAAGACUCGUGGGCUACCAACAAGACUCUCCUCAUUGACAAGGUAGCAUGUACAUGGCUUAGCCGCUAGCAUUUGCAGUACAGGCUGUGUUUUUCACAGCUCCAAAGGCAGUGAGGCACACAAGCGCACGCCUGCGCUGAGAGCGGUGAGCAAGCAACGCUAACACGCCCCAGGUGUACAACUACAAUCGCAGGCACGUGGGUCGACACGCCGGCUUUGAAAACUCAUUAGCCUCGGUUCUGCUUCAAGUGCUCUACAGAAGGCGUCCACAGCGUGGGCCGGCACGAAAGCGCUAUAUUCAGAGGCUGCCCCUUUCUUUCUCGGCGGAGGUUUGAGGCGGGAAGCUCAGAACAGGGCAAGAGUACAGGCAAGGACCCAGUUUGCAGCCAUGUCCGCCCUCAGCAACGCCUCUAUUCGCAAGAAGCGCAACUUCAAGGGCCUUCAAUUGUCCGAAUCGCCGCUGGCCAUCCCUACGCCAUCACUGACCUCCUCCGCGGGGGACUCAUCGGCCGGCCCAUCGUCUUCACUGGCUAGCAGCCUCUCGUCCGCUGCGCCGUCGGACGCUUCGAGCUCGCGCCUGUCCGAGUCGACGAACGCGACUGUACGAGGACAGACAAAUGGCCUCACGGCGGGAAGCGCCACAGCAGGAAGUAGAGUUGGUGGCGGCGGGGUCACCGCGUCGUCCAUCGGCUCGCUGACGGGCCUCUCCACCGCCUACAGCGCAGCCGGCUCGACUGCAACCAGCACCGCCUUCACUCUUCCGGGAAGUGGAGCAAAUUACCACAACAAGCUCAGCGAACAGCUCGCCAGUCUGGAGUUGAGUGGAAAGAAUGGAGAAGUGAAGUUGGACCUACGGAACGAGGACCUCAAGUUCUUGUCGGAAUUAGGAGCAGGGAAUGGUGGGACUGUGACUAAGGUUCUGCACGAAAAAAGCGGCAAGGUGAUGGCAAAGAAGGUGGUGUUCAUCGAUGCGAAACCGACAGUUCGCAAGCAGAUUCUGCGGGAAUUGCAGAUCUUGCAUGAAUGCAACUCCAAAUUCAUUGUCAGCUUUUACGGCGCCUACCUCAGCGAACCGCAUAUCUGCAUGUGCAUGGAGUUCAUGGACAAAAAGUCGCUAGAUACAGUCUACAAGCGAUGGGGACCAAUACCACCAGAAGUCUGCGGACAGGUCGCAGUCACAGUCGUACAUGGCCUCACGUACCUGUAUGACGUACAUAGGAUCAUUCACCGAGAUGUCAAACCGAGCAACAUAUUGGUCAACAGCCAAGGCCAGAUCAAAAUAUGCGAUUUCGGCGUCUCUGGUGAACUCAUCAACAGCAUCGCGGAUACUUUCGUCGGGACAAGCACCUACAUGAGUCCUGAGCGGAUCCAAGGGGACCAGUACAGCGUCAAAUCCGACGUGUGGUCGCUAGGGGUGACAUUCAUCGAGCUAGCGCUGGGUCGCUUCCCCUUCUCAGCAGAAGACGAGGAUGUGGACGAGGUUCCAGAUGAACUAAAGGGCACGCUGUCGCCUACGCGCCCGACGCCGCAUGCGGAGAUCGAGUCGGCCAAGGAGCGCGCGCGCAGGCGACGAAGCAAAGGAGGUGUCACACUUGAAGGCAGCAACGCGCAGAUGAGUAUUCUCGAUCUACUGCAGCAUAUUGUCAACGAGCCGUCGCCCAAGCUACCUGAUUGGCCCGACUUCUCGAAACUCAUGCACGACUUUUCGGCGAAAUGCCUGCUUAAGGACCCCGAGGCGAGACCGUCCCCGAAAGAUCUGCUAUCGCACGCGUACAUCAAGCAGAGCGAACAGUCCACGUACGAUGUCGUCGCAUGGGUCCAGCAACUGGACUGAAAGGCUUUUCUACAUAGUUAAGGGUCCGCGGGUCCAGGACGCCCCCUUCCCCUUCCCCUUCCCUCUGAAACGAAACCAACCCAAUUCUGUAUUCUUAAUCAUUGACGACAUACAUCAACCUGAG